CUCAGCGGGCAUAGUUGAGCCGUUUGUGUUCUAACUAUAACGUCGACGGUGAUUGGAACAUUUCGUAUAUCGCGACUUAUAAUAUUCGUUUUAUAUAUUUUGUUUUUUGUUCCUAUCAUAUUAGUUAGUGUUUAACAUGUAUUGUAUGUGAACUUGAGUGUAUUAUAAAGAUGUCGUCUGUGCAUUCUGAUGAUGAUCAGGAGGAGAUAAAUGUUGACUCUGACAGUAGACUAUCAGGUCAAUACGAGAGAAGCAUCGCUUCAGAUAGAGAUUCGAUACAUAGUUACAACGAGAGAUACAGAGAAUCACCCCCCGACCAUCUGACUGAUACCCAGCAGAGGGUAAAUUUACCUUUCAGCAUAUCACGUUUGUUGGGUAAACAGUUCGAGGAUAUUGAUAAGAGGAAUUCAGGAGAGAGUGAUGAUAGAAGCGACCAAGAUACGGAGUCUGAAGGAGCGAAGGACGAUUCUAAGGAAGCCGGUCUAGCGUUGAACUUCAGCCAUAACCCGGGAUUAUAUCCUAACUCGAGUUUGUUGUUGCGGCCCGGUUUAAAUCUGGGGGCUGGUUAUGGAUUCCCGGGUAAUCCGGGAGUUGUCAGGGUGCCAGCACAUAGAGCUCUGGGGGCUUUGGGAGCGUGGGGCGUAGCCCUCGAUCCGAUGAGACAAGCGGCUGCUGCAGCCUUCGCCCAUCAAGUUGUGAAAGACAGAUUAAACGCAUCAUUUCCUAUAACGAGACGAAUUGGUCACCCGUAUCAGAACAGAACACCUCCUAAGAGAAAGAAACCUCGAACAUCAUUCACUCGGAUGCAGAUAGCUGAACUGGAGAAGAGAUUCCACAAACAGAAAUACCUCGCAUCAGCUGAACGCGCCUCGCUAGCCAAAACCUUGAAAAUGACGGACGCCCAAGUGAAAACAUGGUUCCAGAACCGACGAACGAAAUGGAGGCGUCAGACAGCUGAAGAGAGGGAAGCUGAGCGACAAGCCGCUAAUCGACUGAUGUUAUCCCUUCAAGCAGAAGCUCUAAGCAAGGGCUAUAUGCCAGAACCGCCGCCCGGUGCGCCGCUGUCGGCGCUGCAUUACCAAAACCCAAAUACGCAACAGCAGAGUAACACCGCUUUAAGCGCUCUACAAAAUCUUCAGCCCUGGGCAGGUAACCAGGCUACCUUCAUGAACGGCCCCGCUCCCCCCGCGCCCCAACCGCCCCCCGUCGCCUCACCGAUAUGUUGAACAAUUAUUGAAACGAAUGUAUGCUCAAUAUAUAAAUGUAUAUCAAAAAAAAAAAAAUAACAUUGUAAAUAUACUUAUUUUAUAUUAAAAUAAUAAAUAAAUCCUUAAAAAAUCUAAUGAUAGUAAAACAGAAAUCUGAUUAUUGCAUGAUCUAGUCUAGAAAUGAAACAUAUUAAAUGCUUUUCUACCGCACCGUAUUUAUUUCUACCAAACUUCUGUACUUAAUAAUUCUUUAAUAUUAAUGUUAUGGCUGUAAAUAAAUUACACCAGUAUUAUAUAAUAUAAAUAUCAAUAGGAAUUUUGUAAUUUGUACUUAACGCUAUUUGUAGGCUUCAGAUCCAUUCAUUUAUACAUUUUGUACAUUAAAUACUUCAUGACAUAUCAUGAGCCGUCGGAUGAAAGUUGAAGGAGUUUUUGAUAUAAAAAAAAAAUAACUGAAAAUUAUUGUAUCUGUAUUCAAUCAAUCAAUUCCUUAAUGAGUAAGAAUUUAUAUUCCUUACCAGUUAAAGCUCUUCACACUGACGUUAGCGUUUCUGUUUCGACCAAAUUAAAAUAACGGACAGAUGUGCAACUGUCAAUGUGAAAGGUCAUCAACUUUUGACAUUUUAUUUUUAUAGAAAAAUAACUGGCAUAGAUAAAAAAUAUGUGAUUUUGUAAUGUUUGAUUUGUGUUAUAUAUAUAUGUAAAAAUAUUUUAAAAAAAACUCUGAAAAAUCAUAUUUAAUAGUUUAAAAUUUCUUGUACUUAAAAUUUUAUUGAUUCAUAAAAAGCUCUAAAGCCGCUUUAAUAGUAAUAAUUACGUCGUAGUCUUAACGUAGUGUAGAUAAAUAUAUCGUUAGCCCUCGCUUGUUUUGAUUUAGUUAUUUUUUUUUUUUGUGUAAAUAAUAAAUUAUAUAAUAAAUGAAGUAGAAAAGAAGAUCCGAGGUAUGUAUCUUGUAAAUUGUAAUCAAGUUUUCAGAGUGAACCGAAAUUUAACAUGAAUUAUACGGAGUCACAAAAUAAAA